UUAUUUCUGUCAGUUCUCGUCUCUCGCAGUCAGUUUGGGAAUGUCGACGUCAAUGGAUUGAAUUUGUGAUAACAGUAAAUAUAUAUAUAUAUAAUAAAGUGUGAGAUUAAUAAAAGUAUAUCGAUGUCAAACGUGAAAUUAAAGACAACGCCUCGAUUAAAUUUGAAAGAACGUUUACGUCAUAAUCCGCGGCAAUGAAAAAUUCAUGAUGAUGGCCUGAUGUAAGAGGAUAUUUUUUUUUCCUUCGUAGUGUGCGGGGAGAGUUUCGAAUUUUUCCUGUUGGCCUCGUCCCUUGUUUUUUUUUUCUAUAUGUAUAUUAAAUAUAUACAAUUAAAAAAGGCACGUGUCUACAUAGAAAUUAUAUUUAUUGUAAUGUGAUCGAUUUGUGUGUGAGUAAAAUUAAAAAAAAGUGUGUGUGUGUUUUUUUUAAUUUAUAAAAUAAAAAUGAGUAAACAAAACGGAUCGUGUUGGUGGUGCUUAAAAGCAGUCAAAUGGAUUCCAGUUAUCUUUAUCUUAACAAUCGUUGCCUGGUCUUACUACGCUUAUGUAGUUCAACUCUGCUAUUACACUGUCGACAAUGCAGUACAGAAAGUUUUCUACUUGAUUUUCUUCCACGUCCUGUUUGCAAUGUUCCUCUGGUCGUAUUGGCAAACUGUCUUCACAGAGUUAACACCAAUUCCUGAUAAGUUUAAAAUACCAUCAGUCGAAAUGGAAAAACUUUUAACAGCUGAAACGGAAGAUAUUCAGAGGCAAAUUUUGGACCGAUUCGCACAGGAUCUUCCCAUUACGAAUCGAACCAUUAAAGGAGCAGUGCGCUUUUGCGAGCAAUGCUAUUGUGUAAAACCAGACAGAGCGCAUCAUUGCAGCGUUUGCGGGACGUGCGUUUUGAAAAUGGAUCAUCAUUGUCCAUGGGUGAAUAAUUGCGUUGGCUUCCAUAAUUAUAAAUUCUUCAUGUUAUUCUUAGCUUACGCAUUUUUAUACUGCACAUUUAUUACUGCCACGACAUUGCAGUAUUUCGUGCGUUUUUGGAAGAAUGACUUAAAUGAAACGGUCAAGUUUCAUCUUCUCUUUUUGUUUUUCGUUGCAAUAAUGUUUGCAAUAAGUCUCAACUCACUUUUCUUCUACCAUUGCUACCUCAUUUUACGAAACAGAUCGACACUAGAGGCUUACAGGCCGCCAAUGUUCCGUAGUGGACAAGACAAAAACGCUUAUAGCCUUGGAAAGUAUAAUAAUUUUCAAGAAGUAUUUGGAGACAAUACACGUCUCUGGUUCCUUCCCAUAUUCUCCAGUCUUGGCAAUGGAGUCAACUAUCCAGUUCGCUUACAAGACGAUGGUGCCCCGAAUACAUACAACUCGAUGGGCAACACUCAGAACAGCUUUGGAGAUGGGGUUUCCUUCCCUGAGAGGCUCGUCGACGAAGAUACCCACACGCUCCUCGGUGUGGAGAUUCAACGGUGGGGAGAGGAGACCGAGCUCGACUCUCCACCUCUCUCCUCCAGGUCCCGUGAAGCACUGCUGUCUUAGGACCUUCAGUAGAAGUAAGUCAGCGUCUCGUGGAUCCUGCCGAUGUCGUCUAAAUCGAGAUUUCAAUUAUAUUUUAAAAACUCGAUCGAGGACUAAAAAAAAAUCUUUAUUUUGCACAAAAAAAUCGAUAAGAACAAAAUUUUCCAAUGACUUUUGUCAAAAAAAAAAUAAAAAAAGGAGACAAAAUAUUAUUAUCAGAGAGUUGUGACAAUUUUUUUCUUUUAUCAAUUAAUAUUUUUGUUGUUUCAUUAACAAUAUUAAUUGAGGGAGAAAAAAAAAGAAACUUAAACGAGAGAAAAAUAGAAAUUAUAAAUAAUAGACUUUUAAUUAGGAUAUUUAAUUAAAUAUAAAUAUAUUAUAAUUAAUUGGAAGUUUUUUUUUUCUCUUUCUCGCGCAAAUGAGAAAAUAUUCUUCCGUGACUCGAGUAAUUAUUGUUUUUCUUUCUGUAAUAUUUUUUAUUAAUCGGGAGUCUGUCAAUGUUUUUUUUUUAAAUUUCCUUUUUUUUUUUUAUUAUUAACGAAAUUAUAUAGAUGAAUCUAAUAGUUUAUAAUUUUCGAAUUAUAAAAAUUUUAUAUAAAAAAUAAAUUUAUUUUCGAAUAAUAAAUUUUUAUCAUUUUUUGAAAUUAUAUUAUUUAAAGGUUUUUUUUAGAAAUUUCUCGUUUCUUGUUAAAAAAAUAUAUUUUUUUAAAGCUAAAGACAAUAAAAGUUUGUAAAAUUAAUUUUUGCAGACUCCCGCAUAAAAAUAGCUUCUAGUUAGAAAAAAAAAAAUUGUAUAAAGGUCAAAAUAAGUGAUUGACCUUUGACAAAUAUUAUGGAGAGAAAAAAAAAGAGAGGUAGUAUAUUUUAUACAAAAAAUAUUUGUGGAUGGAGUAAAGUAAAAUUAAAUUUUGCUAUUUGAGAAAAAAAGAGUCUCCUCUACUACAUAAAGAAAGAAUUGGAAAAGAAAAUUCGUAAAAUAAAUAAAGGUAUUUUCAUUCUUUUUUUUUUUAAAGCAAUGUCUUCGUACAAUUAUUAAAAAGCUCACAAUUAUUAUUAUUAUUUUUUUUUUCAUAUUAAAAUCGAGUCUCGGUGUAUGAGAUUCAAGACUUUGUAAUUUAUUAGGUUUAAAUGAAAUUUUUAGUGGAUUUUUCGAAUUUUUUUAAAAAAUAGAAUUCGAUUCGACUGAUAAAUUUAA